CAAAGGAGAGAAGAAAACGGUUCGAUUAUCCGGAGACAGAGGACAACAGUAAGUAACCGACAAAAAAAACGGGCUACGGAUCAAGGAUUUAAAAAGAAAAAAACGGAGAGCACGCAACAAGACCGAGGUGGCACUAGCAGGUGGGACAGGUGGGACAGUAGCAUGAGUUCGUACUUCGCGAAUUCGUAUAUCCCGGACCUGCGUAAUGGCGGGGUGGAACACCCGCAUCAGCAUCAGCAGCACUACGGUGCCGCCGUCCAGGUGCCCCAGCAAACGCAGUCGGGUCAGCAGCAGUCUCAGCAAGCCGGGGAUCCAUGCGAUCCGAGUCUCCUACGGCAAGCAGUGCCUGGCCACCACUAUGGAGCAACGGGCAGCCAGCAGGACAUGCCUUAUCCGAGGUUCCCGCCGUACAAUCGGAUGGACAUGCGGAACGCGACCUAUUAUCAGCAUCAGCAGGAGCACGGGAACAUCGACGGCAUGGGAGGUUACAGGUCGACGUCCCCGAGCCCCGGUAUGGGGCACAUGGGGCACACGCCGACCCCAAACGGACAUCCGGCAACUCCUAUUGUCUACGCGAGUUGCAAGCUUCAAGCGGCCGCGGUCGAUCAUCAGGGUAGCGUGCUCGAUGGACCGGACAGCCCGCCGCUGGUCGAGCCCCAGAUGCAUCAUCAGAUGCACACGCAGCAUCCUCACAUGCAGCCGCAGCAGGCUCAGCAUCAGCAGCCGCCGCAGCAGCAGCACCAACAUCUACAGGCGCAGCAGCAGCACAUGAUGUACCAACAGCAACAGCAGCCACAAGCGGCGACGCAACAGACCCAAGCCGGCAUGCAUCCGCAGCAACAGCAGCAAGCACAGCAACACCAAGGGGUGGUCACGUCGCCGCUUAGUCAGCAACAACAGGGCGCUCCUCAAGGCGCGGCUAGUGCCAACCUGCCGAGUCCGCUUUAUCCGUGGAUGAGAAGUCAAUUCGAGAGGAAACGAGGACGGCAAACGUACACCCGAUACCAAACCCUAGAGCUGGAGAAGGAGUUCCACUUCAACAGAUACCUAACCAGGCGGCGACGCAUCGAAAUCGCGCACGCGUUGUGCCUGACGGAACGGCAAAUAAAAAUCUGGUUCCAAAACAGACGGAUGAAGUGGAAGAAGGAGAACAAGACGAAGGGCGAGCCAGGCUCGGGCGACGGCGACACCGAGAUCUCGCCGCAAACGUCGCCGCAGGGUUGAGAGA